GAACUGACUGACGUAGAUAAUAGAUUUUAAUGUGAAUGGUGGUCUGAAAUUAAUUUGAUUAAUUUUUGUGAUUUUUUAUUAGGAAGAAAUGAGUGAUCUUAAAAUUCCGGCGGAAAGCCAGCCAACAGUUGCUCGGCCAAUUCCAAAAUGUAUACCCAAAGAAAUGGCCGCAAACAUUCACUAUAUAUCAGACGAAUACACCAUCAUAGCGGAACCGAGUCAAACCAGGGCCAUUUUAACCGAUAGAAAACAAAUACCUGUACCGAAAAGGGGCUCGGAGGUGAUCCUUUUAAACAUACCCAGAAACAUAACGAUGCGCAAGAUUUAUGAUUUUAUGGUAUAUUGCGGAACCAUUUAUGAAAUCCGGAUUUUAUUGGAGUUUAGUGGCUUUAAUAAAGGUGUCUGCUACGUAAAAUUCCUGAACGAACACAACGCAACUAUGGCCGCCCUGGUCCUGGACCGUUGCGAGAUCCAGCCGGGAGUAAAACUUUACAUAAGAAAAUCGUUCGAUAAUAACAGAUUGAAGAUCAGCAAUAUCCCUAAAGAUAUCCCGGUGUCGCAGAUUAGCAUGGAUAUUUUCACGGGUGGUGGUCGCGGUUUGGCCGACCUUAAAGUGGAGGGCGAUCCCGCCGAGUCUAAUUAUCAGAUCGUUUUGGAAUAUGACACGCAUAAAGACGCCUUGUUGGCCAGACGGCUUAUUAAAAACACCCUAGAGCAUUUGAGUUUGAGGAUUUGUAUUGAUUGGAUCGAGCCAGCUAGUAUUAAGACAGUGAAUUCAAGUACCCUCUACUUCAAAAACUUCCCAGAAGAACAAACCAGGACCGAUCUAUUCAAUUUCCUUUGCAACAUCAUCGAUAUCGAUACGGUUAUGAAAAUCCAUGUGAAGAACGGCAGCGGUUACAUAAUGUUUUUCGAAUGCGUGUUUAGGAAAAUUGCUGAAAAAGCCUUACAAUCGGCACGUCCCUCAGGCCGUAAAUUGGAAUUAAGAGCUAAAAAAGACAAUACGAAAUCUGUAACCUUUCCACAUCCAGACUGGUGGGACUAUCAAGAUGAUCUGCUGCGGUCAAUGAAUAACGAAGUAGAAAAUGAAGAUAGUUUUCCAGUUCAACCAAUAAAUGAAGAACACACUAAUGGUCAUGGAUUCAACGUUCAUGACCUUAUGGCCAGCAACAUCUCCAUAUUUAAUUUGCCAGACAUAGUGACUGAACCGGGAAUUCUUAACGAGCAAUUUGCCAUUAAUCAGGCCAUUUUACACUUUAUUUACAAAUUUUAUCCUCAUGUAAAUUGGACAAUGUUGGAAUCAGAUGAAGAAAAAUAUCCCAAUGGGCAGAUUGUUAAACUCUUAUUAAGGGUUAAUGGAGAUAAUUAUGCAUUCGUGUUAGCUCCUAGGGGCAAUGAAUAACCUUUUUUUAAUUUUUUAAGUUAUUUUAUGUGUUGUACUUCUUACUGUA